GGUAGAGGAACUGGAUGGUUUGAAGCCCCGGUUUAGUUUACGGUGAAAGGAGAAGACAAGACAGGCGUCGGCACGCGCAGAUUUACCGUUUUAACGGCAGUGAAGCAGGGCAGCGAGAGAGGAAGGGCGUCCUGUCCUGUACGCGAGUCUGCUGGUAGACAUGAUGCUAUGACCAGGGCUGGAACGGAGGCUCGGGCGCAGACACGCAUCACUACCGGCCCCGCGAGACAGACCCACCCGCCUAACAGCCUGGCGGGAGAGACAGGGGUUGUGGUAGAGUCGAGUGUGUGUCUAGAUGGCCCCGCGGCCAUCUUCAGGGGAACUAUGGGGCCUUCACCUCAUGCCCCCUAGGAUCCUGGUGGACUGCUGUCUGCCCAAUGGCAUGCUGGUUAGUCUGGAGUGUCUCAGAGAGGCGCCGCUCACGAACAUCAAACAACAGCUGUUCACAGAGGCCCGGAAAUACCCCCUGUACCCCUUACUACAGGAGGAGUCGUGUUACAUCUUUGUGGGCGUGACCCAGGAGGCGGAGAGAGAGGAGUUUUAUGACGAGACGCGCCGUCUGUGUGACCUCCGACUUUUCCACCCCAUCCUCAAGGUCAUCGAACCGCUGGGCAACCGAGAGGAAAAGAUCCUCAACAGAGAGAUAGGUUUUGCGAUAGGCAUGCCCAUCUGUGAGUUUGAGCAGCUGAAGGACCCUGAGGUUCAGGACUUCAGAAGGAGCAUACUGGGCGUGUGCAGAGAGGCUAUGGAGGAGAGGGAAGGAGGCGGGGCUGAGACACAGGCCCUCUAUGUCUACCCCCCCAACGUGGAGUCAGCCCCCGAGCUGCCACAACACAUCUUCUGCAAACUGGACAAGGGUCGUCUGAUAGUCACUAUCUGGGUGAUUGUCUCUCCCUCCAACUCUAAACAGAAGUACACCCUAAAGAUCAGCCAUGACAGUCUGCCUGAACAACUUAUAGCAGAGGCCAUCAGGAAGAAGACUAGGUCUAUGCACCUGUCGGCCCAGCAGCUGAGGCUGUGUGUCCAGGAAUACCAGGGGCAGUACAUCCUGAAGGUCUGUGGAUGUGAUGAAUACCUGCUGGAGAAAUACCCCCCUCAUCAGUACAAGUAUAUCCGUAGCUGUAUAACGGUUGGCCGCCUGCCCCACCUGAUGUUAGUGUCAAAGGACAGUCUGUACAGCCAGCUCCCAGGCAGUGGGUUUGUAGCUCCCUCCUACAGUCGGCGGACCCCCCAGCCCAGCCCCUGUCCUGGGGGAGGAGAUCCCAGCUCACCCCGCUCCCUCUGGGCCUUCAACACCCUGCUGAGGGUCCGCCUGCUCUGUGCUACAUACGUCAACGUCAACAUCAGAGACAUUGACAAGAUAUAUGUUAGAACUGGUAUCUAUCAUGGAGGAGAGCCGCUGUGUGACAACGUCAACACCCAGAGAGUACCCUGCUCCAACCCCAGGUGGAAUGAGUGGCUGUCCUAUGACAUCUACAUGACGGACCUCCCUCACUCCGCCAGACUCUGUCUCUCCAUCUGCAGCGUCAAGGGACGCAAGGGAGCCAAAGAGGAGCACUGCCCGCUGGCGUGGGGCAACGUGAACUUGUUUGACUACAAGGACACGUUAGUGUGUGGAAAAGUAGCGCUCAGCCUGUGGCCAGUUCCUCACGGUUUAGAGGACCUGCUCAAUCCUAUAGGAGUGGCUGGAUCCAACCCUAACAAGGAAACUCCAUGUGUUGAACUAGAGUUCUCAUGGUUCAACCAGGUGGUCCUGUUUCCUGAUGAACAGCAGAUAGAGGAACACGCCAACUGGACCAUCUCUAGAGAACUGGGCUACAACUACAGUCUAGGACUGAGUAGCAGGCUGGCGUGUGACAGUAGUGUGUCAGCGGCGGAUGGUGAGCAGCUCAGGUCUCUCUGUAGCAGAGAUCCUCUCUAUGAGCUGUCUGAACAGGAGAAGGACUUUCUCUGGAGACACAGACAUUACUGUGUGAACAUUCCAGAGUCUCUUCCUAAGCUGCUGCUGUCAGUCAAAUGGAACUCUAGAGAUGAGUGGUCACAGAUGUACUGUUUAUUGCGUGACUGGCCCCUGAUGCAACCAGAGAGUGCCCUGGAGCUGGACUGUAACUUUCCUGAUCCCAUGGUUCGAGAGUUCGCCCUGCGUUGCCUCGUACAGGGCCUCACUGACGACAAGCUCAGCCAGUACCUUCUGCAGCUAGUACAGGUGUUGAAGUAUGAGAUGUACCUGGACAACCCUCUGGCCAGGUUCCUCAUUAAGAAGGCUCUGACUAACCAGAGGAUAGGACAUUUCUUCUUCUGGCAUCUCAAGUCAGAGAUGCACAAUAAGACUGUGUCCAGGAGGUUUGGUCUGCUGUUGGAAGCCUUCUGUAGAGCCUGUGGGAUGUACCUCAAACAUCUCAACAGACAGGUGGAAGCGAUGGAUAAACUGGUGAACCUCACAGACACACUGAAACAGGAGAAGAAAGAUGAGACACAGAAGACUCAGAUGAAGUUCCUGGUAGAACACAUGUCGAGGCCAGACUACAUGGAGUCUCUACAAGGCUUCGUCUCUCCACUGAACCCUGUUCACCAGCUAGGAAACCUCAGGUUAGAGGAGUGUAGGAUCAUGUCUUCAGCGAAGCGUCCUCUGUGGCUGAACUGGGAUAACCCUGACAUCAUGAGUGAACUACUGUUUACUAACAACGAGGUCAUCUUCAAGAACGGAGAUGAUCUACGCCAGGACAUGUUGACUCUGCAGAUAAUUAAAAUAAUGGAGAAUAUCUGGCAGAACCAGGGAUUAGACCUAAGGAUGUUACCGUAUGGCUGUCUGUCUAUAGGGGACUGUGUGGGGCUGAUAGAGGUUGUGAAGAACAGCUACACCAUCAUGCAGAUCCAGUGUAAAGGAGGCCUGAAGGGGGCGCUGCAGUUCAACAGCCACACACUGCACCACUGGAUCAAGGACAAGAACAGAGGAGAGGGGUAUGACCGAGCGAUUGACCUGUUCACCAGGUCCUGUGCAGGGUACUGCGUAGCCACCUUCAUCCUGGGUAUUGGAGACAGACACAACUCCAACAUCAUGGUUAAGGAGAACGGACAGCUGUUCCAUAUAGACUUUGGCCACUUCCUGGAUCAUAAGAAGAAGAAGUUUGGCUAUAAAAGAGAGAGAGUUCCCUUCGUUCUGACACAAGACUUCCUGAUUGUCAUCAGUAAGGGAGUCCAGGAGUGUACCAAGACCAAAGAGUUUGAGAGGUUCCAGGAGAUGUGUUACAAGGCGUACCUAUCCAUCCGACAGCAUGCCUCUCUGUUCAUCAACCUGUUCUCCCUGUUGCUGGGCUGUGGCAUGCCUGAACUACAGUCCUUUGAUGACAUUGCUUACCUGAGGAAGACCCUCGCUCUGGAGAAGAGCCAACAGGAGGCUCUGGAGUACUUCACCAAGCAAAUGAACGAUGCUCACCAUGGAGGAUGGACCACUAAGAUGGACUGGAUCUUCCACACCAUCAGACACAUGCCCAACGAACACUGACCCCCCCCCAGAGAGAGAGAGAGAGAGAGAGAGAGAGAGAGAGAGAGAGAGAGAGAGAGAGAGAGAGAGAGAGAGAGAGAGACACAAAGAGAGUCCCAUUUGAUAUGAAGUUGCAGUAACCAUUAUGUUACUACCAACAGUAGCUAAAACAUUCUGACACACCUUCUCCUUCCCAUAAACACACGUUCCCCCUCCCAUAAACACACGUUCCCCCUCCCCUCACAUAAACACACGUUCCCCCCCCCCUCCCAUAAACACACGUUCCCCCUCCCAUAAACACACAUUCCCCCUCCCCUCACAUAAACACACGUUCCCCCCCCCCUCCCAUAAACACACGUUCCCCUCCCACAUAGGGCUGUUGUGGGGACCGUAUUACCGCCACACCAGAAGUCAUGACAGUAAAUAUUCAAUGGUAAUCUCCUCUUACGUACUCUGGACAUGUUAGUAGUACCCAACUCGCUAACGACCUUCAGGUCCUAAUGGCCUGGUACUCAGAGCUCUAUUGUCCCUCCAACAGGACGAUAAUGGCCUGGUACUCAGGGCUCUCUUGUCCCUC